UCAUUCUCAUCCAUAUCUCUCUCUCUCUCUCUCUCUUCUCUCUAUCUCUCAAGAAUUUGAAGAACUGGGAGAGAAAAAAGUUUGCUGGAGAGAAUACGGUUCCAUCAGUUCUUUAGAAUUCUGUCUCUUCUCUCUUAGAAUGCUUGUUUCUUUUGAGCUUUCGAAAAAAACUAAAACUUGUCUCUUAGCUUCGAGCCAAAUCCCAUAUUGAAUCCAAGUUUUCUUUUUUUUUUUUCUUUUUUCUUUUGUCUUGAAUUAGAUCUUGGAAACUUUUGUUAAUUACUUCCAUUUCUUCUUCUUCUUCUUCUUAUUAUUAUUGGUUUAUUAGAUCUGUUUGUCUCAUGUGAAACCCUCAAAAAGAUGAUGAUGAAAGGCAAUUUCCUAGCCAUGGAUGAAAAUUUGUCCAAUUUGACAUCUGCAUCUGGUGAACCAACUCCCAGUGUUUCCUCAGCCAAUAAUAAAACCGACUUCCCCAAUCAAUACUUCGAUCCUCAAGCUCACCCACCGCCUCCCCCGAAGAAGAAGCGCAACCUCCCGGGGAACCCCGACCCAGAUGCGGAGGUGAUAGCGUUGUCGCCGAAGACGCUGAUGGCGACGAACCGGUUCGUGUGCGAGAUCUGCAACAAGGGGUUUCAGCGGGAUCAGAACCUGCAGCUGCACCGGCGCGGGCACAAUUUGCCGUGGAAGCUGAAGCAGAGGUCGAACAAAGAGGUGAUAAGGAAGAAGGUGUAUGUGUGCCCAGAAGGGAGCUGCGUGCACCACGACCCAUCAAGGGCUCUUGGAGACCUCACAGGAAUAAAAAAGCACUUCUGCAGAAAGCAUGGGGAGAAGAAGUGGAAAUGUGACAAGUGCUCUAAGAAAUAUGCAGUUCAAUCUGAUUGGAAAGCUCACUCCAAGAUCUGUGGCACCAAGGAGUACAGAUGUGACUGUGGAACCCUCUUUUCUAGGAGAGAUAGUUUCAUUACUCACAGAGCCUUUUGUGAUGCAUUAGCAGAUGAAAGUGCAAGAUCAGCCAUGGCCUUAAACCCUCUCCUCUCUUCCUACAAUAACAAUAUCAAUCCACAAGACCACCCCAUUUCAAACAAUAUAUUCUCGCUCAAAACCGACCUUAAUAACAAUAAUAAUAAUAAUAAUAUUAUGAGUGCGGGCGAAAUAAUCCCACCAUGGCUGCACCCGAGCGCUGAUCAAGACCAGGCUCAGGCUCGAACUGUAAACCCUAAUCCUAACCUUAACCCGAGCCAUAACCCUAGCCAUGGGCACGGGGGUGGAGUGAGUGUUGGUGUUGGCUAUGGGCAGUCGAAUUCAAGUGUGUCAUCUCCACACAUCUCAGCCACAGCACUGCUGCAGAAGGCAGCCCAAAUGGGUGCCACCAUGAGUAGUACCACUACCACGAGUGGCUCUAUCCCUCGGCCCCACAACCUCCUUCACGUGUCUACUACAGGUAAUUAUGGGGAGAUAAAUUUAAGGUCACGUGAAGGUGAAAUGGGGAGAGGAGGAGGGGCCGUCAGUUGUAGUAGUAGUAGUUGUACUGAGUAUGGGAAUAAAGCUGUUUCUGCUUCUGCUUCUGCUUCUGCUUCUGCGCCCACAUUUCUUCAACACAUGAUAAAUUCUGCUUCUGCUUCUGCUUCUGCUUCUGUUUUCCUCCAAGAUUCUCCCUUCCACGACGCCGCCGCCUUCGCCUCCGCAGCCGGUGGCGGCAGAAGUGAGGGCUUGACCAGAGAUUUCUUGGGCCUUCGCCCUCUUUCCCAUGGCGAUAUUCUAACCAUUGCUGGUUUUGGAAACUGCAUUCUCCCCACUACUCACCACAGUCAGAUCCACAAGCCAUGGCAGGGUUAGUUUCGUAAAUCAACUCCCUUUUUUUUUCUUUUUUCUUUUUUUUUGGGUUUUUCUUUAAGUGAUCUUCUCGAAGGAGGGAAUGGAGAGAUGUGUAUUAUUUCUCUCCUUUAUAUGAUGAACAACAUUAUAAUUAUCAUUAUUUUUAUUUUUAUUAUUUCUCCAGCUGUUACGUUCCACCUCAAACUUAAUUUCUGGAUUUUUUUUAAUAAUAAUUUGUAAGCUUAAUUUUGUACUGAGCAGUGGAUUACUUUUGUUUU